GAGAGAUUUCACUGCUGAUUUCAAUUUCGCUGUAAUUCAUUCUGGAUGUCGCUUGAAUAUUAACAUCUCCAUUGAAUGAAAGCCCAUUGAUAAAUACGUGUUUCUCACUUUUUUAACGAUAACGUAUGCCGAGCGUGUCGAAGUUCAAACAGAAACAUUUAAAGGCCAAAACGUAUCGCCCAUAUGUCUCGGUGAUAUCUCGCUACGCCCCUGAUGCGAGGUAUUGCGGUAUGAAUCGAUGCAUUCGAGUGCACGCACGAGAUGCGCGGCGAAUGUCUCGCUGCAGAAAAACGCGGCGUUUCGCGAGGAGCGUAACGAACUCACCGUGAGUCAUCGGCACGAAAAUAAAGCGUGAGGAAGCUCGUGUGACCCCGGCCGAUAAAAAGGCUUAACAACGGUGACCGCAACCGCGGGUGCAUCAUGCACGUAGCGCCGGGCCGAGAGGUAGAAGACGCGGGGAGAUCCGCGCGAGAAACACUUCAUUCCGCUUGUGAAAGGAAGAGAGACACCUCGCCAAGUAGCACUUGGCAACCUUGUCUUUUUUCUCUUCCUAUUGCUGUCGUCUUCAGCCUAGGUUUCAAUUAGACCAGAGGCUCUAUUAGCAGGAAAAAUCCGAAGAAUUUUCGUGAGGGACAAACUCUUUCAAGUAGAAAGAGUGACUUCUAGCCAGUAUGACUUCUGGCCAGGAAUUCUGAUUAUUGGAUGGUAACACUAGAUAGUUUCUGAUCAGUUUCUAAUCAGUUGACUCGUGUCUAAUCAAACUUCUUUUCCACGCGAAAUUCUAUCAAAUAAUUUUCGUCAAUCGUUCGAUUGUACAUAGUAAAAUAUUAUAAAUUAUUAUUCAAUAAUAAUUCUGUAUAGAAAUACAGAAGUCUAUAUAACGAGAAACAUCUUAGAAGAUAGAACAAUAAAUUACCGUCUAAUAAAUUGAAUUUUAUCCGAAAUUUAAGUUGAACCGAACAAUAAAUUACCGUCCAAUAAAUUGAAGUACAAACUUGCAACAGUACUGGCCAAUUUCUAGUUAGGUUUUCUUGGAAAUGGUUCUACUUGGAAUGUGAUUUAGUCCCGAGAAAUCGUCAUCGACCGUCGGCGAUACGUAAUCUAGCGCGGAAGUUAGACUAUCUUGCCGCAAGAUUAUCGCUAUAUUAUCGUUCGUGGUCGAAAAGCUGUCCGCUUUAAAGACUGACGAGCGUAUUCCACAAGAUUCUCGACAGCGCGUCCGGCAACGUCGAAGUUGAACAAAAUUCCUUCUUGAGACACACGAUCGCGUGUAAAUUCGCGCGAUAUAUUUGCGUGUCACUCCUGUACGCCUGUGCGGUUUGAAUGAACGGCUGUGCGCGGUGUGUACUUAGUGUAGCGUCUAGACUGAUUGUAUUUCAGUGCCUUGCCCCGGCAGAUUUCCCUCCUAAUUCGCACCUGCGCGUUACGAACCUGCGCGGCCCUUAUGCAUAUUCAAAAUAGCGCGGAUUUCGCCAAUUUCGCUUUUGCCGCAAGAAAGUGGGUUAACCGCGCGUGCGUUCGGCUCACCGAUCGCCUUGUGCAAUAUAUCGCGCAAGUAAAAAUAGGAAACGACGAGAUAGCAGCGAGAGUGCGAAUACAAUAACGCGUAUUGUCAUCAAUCCGGGGACGCCACAGUUAUCGGCACUACGUUUGAUAAGCUACCACUGAGCGAUACACCUUCUAGCCGACGUAGCGAGUAAACUAAAAGUUCGUGUAGCAAACACAUGUGUGUCAUUCAGAAAUACGUUAUUUAAACAGCAGAUACAUGUUGUCUAUGUGGAAAAAAAUAUUUCGAAAGAAAGGUGCUGACGGUGUGAUCACGAGGCGAGGUACCACAAUGGCGGAGGUGGCGACGAAGAAGUCCAUCAAUGUAGUAAGUAGCAAGAAGAGCGAAGUGUGCGGUGUUCAGUCUAACAACGGCUUGAUUGAUUUGGAUAAUCUAACCGCGAGUAACAAGCAACUAAUCUCGUUGUGCGACAACAACGACGACGACGACGACCUCGUGCUGACGAACAACACCCGUAACGAGCUCAGCGGCGAAGACAAGAGCCUGCAGGAGCUAAUCGAGAGCGAGCUGGCGCUGAGGAUCUGCUCCAGCAAGGACGACGACGAGGUGAUCGCCGACGAGUCCGACGAGAUCACCACGCAGCCGGAGAUCCGCCGGAUCGUUCUGGACCGGCGGGAGGAUAAUCUCGACGUGAACGCGGAGUUCAUCGCGGCCGAGAACGAGCACUGCUCCCUGAUCGAGGAGCCUUACGGUCACCAGAAUGGUCACGCGUCCCCCGACGCUAACGCCGAGAACGUGAAGCCGGAGCCGGUGCUUGUUCGCGACGAGCAAGAGGAACAGGUGUUCGUCGAGCAGCCGGGACACGGAGACGCGACGGUCAUUCAGAAGACGAGCGACGACGAGCUCGUCGACGACAGCGAAGUCAACCGUGAAGACGCGAGCGCUGUCGAGGACGCCGAUCCGCAGCUCGCGGUCGAACCCGGCUCCGACGAGGUCGCGCGCGACCUCGCCGGCGAGUCUGAUUCUCAGUCAGAGUUCUCUGCGGCUCCUGUGACUUGUCCCGACAAGUACCAACAAGAGGAGGAAUCGGCGCAGAGGAUACCGGACGACGUGGACUUACUCUGCACGGAUAUCAAGCAAGAGGAGAAGGACGCGGACGCCGUCUUGGAGACGUGGGUUGAGCAGGCGCCGUCCUCCGACGGUCAGUUCUCCGACAACUUCGACGAGACGCUCCCUUCCCAGCAGGAACGACACGUCCAACAGUCUUCCAUGAACGAACAUAUCGACGAGAUGGAUAAUGUGCACGUAAAUAUUGUAACCGAGUCCGAGAUGCUCUUCGAUUCUGAGCGCAAGCACGAGGAGAAGGUCAUCGCAGCGUCGGCAAUUUCGCAAGACAGAACGUCUGUCUUCGAAACGGCCGAGCAGGCCCCGGCCUCGAAACCGAGCGAGGAGCUGGAGGACGACGACGCCACGAGUCGAUCCGAGCUGGUCGCGGAAGCAGCCAGCACGCAAGAGUUCCUCGACAUCGAGCGGCGCAUUCUGAGCGAAGAGACCGGUCAGGAAACACCGCAGAUCGUGGUGUCGUCGGAGAUCACCGAGUCGCAGUCUGAGUUGGUCUUCGACAACGAGUCGACGGAGUAUGCCAAGGAUGCCGCGGAGGACGCGCAGAAUCCGGUGGACGAGUCCUCCAGCGAGUUCUCGGCGUCCGACUCGACUUUCAUCGAAAAGACCGAGGUCGUGGUGUCGGACACGAGCGUGACUGUGUUCUCCGAGAUGAAACAGCUCGAGCCGAUCGAGACCCUGGACUCGUGGACCACGGUCGAGGAGGCCACGAAGCCGGCGAGCUCAGCCGACGAAGAGCGCGGAGGUGCGCCGAUCGCGGCCGGUCACGCCGCCGUCGCCGACGAGACGACGUCGUCGUCGAAAGACGACGAUAAUAUCGAGGGAAAGCCGGACAAUUUGCUCACGCCCUCGUCACCCCGCGCUCCCUUGGCCACACCGGACGACGAGACCAGCGACAUUUCUAACGCCUGCGAUAGCGAGAGCCGCGAGGAGACGGUGACCACCAGCUCCACCGUGGUGACCUCCUCCAAGGGCGGGACCAAAACGAAGAAGAAGAAGAUCGAGGGCGUCGCUGGUAACGAUGCCACCUCGCCGAACCUUACGCCGCGCACAAAGAAAACCAAGAAGAGCAAGAAGAGCGAUCUCGAGAAGGAGAACAUCUCCGUGAACUGUAGUUUACGUGACGCAAGCAUGCACACGGGUACUCAGCGAACGCACUCGGAGAUGAUCGAUUUCUCCGACGAGGACGAUCUAUCGAACGUCAACGUCAAGUCGCUGACACAGAACUAUGUCACGGAGACGAGUCGUAGCGACCAGGAGAAGUUGUGCAGAGAACGCAUCGCGACCGGCGUGUCCAUCAAGCAAUUAUGUCGCAGCUUUGGCGACAUCUCGAACAUGAGCGACGGCGAUCAGACGGCAUUCGGGAAAACGAAUCACGCGAUGGAAACCGAGGAGAAAGCAAGGUCGAUGGGUGAUCUGAGAGUAUGCGAGCAGGGUUACUCGAGGUACACCAAAGACGCGCUCGUCUUCGCCGGGGUGUCGGUCAAGGCCCUCAGAGCUUCCUACUGUAGUUUGGCAAGCUUGUCGAGCGAGGGUAAGGACAAGGAGCGGGCGUGCGAGAAGCCGAAGCUCGAGAAAUCGAGUUUCAACAAAUUCGACGCACUCACCAAGAAGACUGUCCUGCACGUGCGCUCGGUCGAUGCCGGAAAAGUUCAACAACAGCUGAACGCCGUGGGCCAGAACGGCGAGGCGAACACGAAUUGUCGCAGCUGCGGCAAGGUCGUGUUCCAAAUGGAGCAGACAAAGGCCGAGGGUCUGGUCUGGCACAAGAAUUGCUUCCGGUGCGUGCAGUGCAGCAAGCAGCUUAACGUGGACAAUUACGAGAGCCACGAGAGCACGCUCUACUGUAAGCCACACUUCAAGGAGCUCUUCCAACCGAAACCGGUCGAAGAGUCCGACCAGCCCGUGCGACCUCGAAAGCCGGAGCUGAUCAUACGGGAGAACGAGCCGAAAGAGCUGCCGCCCGACGUGGUCAGAGCUUCCGACAAGCCCGAUCUGGGACUCGAGGAGCUCUCAAGCCUCAACGUGAAGUCGCGCUUCCAGGUCUUCGAGAAAGCCAGCACGGAGAACGCCAAUGAGAUCGAGAGGUCGCCGUCGCAGAUCGCCGUCAAGAGAUCACCCAGCAUCCUCAGCAAGCUGGCCAAAUUCCAGGCCAAAGGCAUGGACAUUGGCGUAGCGGACGAAUCCCUCAAUGGUAUACCCUACGAGGAGUCCAGCGAAAGCGAAGAUGAAGUGGAGACGGAGGAAACCGAAGAGGUGGAGGUCGAGAUCGUGAAGGCAAAACGCACGACGCGCGAACGUCCGAUCAGUUUCUCAAAGAUGGACGACAUCAAGAACCGUUGGGAGUCCACCAGCCAACAGGGUAGGCGCGAGGUGCAGCGCGAGGCCAGGAAAGAAGAAAUCGCUGGAAUCCGCUCGCGACUGUUCAUGGGUAAACAGGGUAAGAUGAAGGAGAUGUAUCAGCAGGCGGUAGCCGGAAGCGACCGCGUCACGAAGAUAAAUGCGGCGGAGGAGAUCCAGCACUCGACCCACGCUCGCUCCAUCAAGGAAAGAUUCGAGCGGGGCGAACCGAUCGCCGUCUCGGACGACGAAACCGACAGCAAACCGAAACCGGAGAAAGCCGACGAGGAGGUGAUCGCAGCAGGUAUCAGCAGGAAAUCGCGAUCGCUCUUUUUGGAGUUGGACGCCUCCGCGGCGAAGACGGGACGUCCAGUUACGCCGGUGCAUCCGAAAACGCCGACCGAGACCUCACGGCGCGCACGAGACGCAUUCAUGGCUCGUCAAGUCUCAGACGACGUGGUGCGCAGCUCGGACACGACCGAGGAGGUCCAAGUAGAAACGUCCGACAUUACGAACAAGUUCAAAUUUUUCGAGUCCUACAAGGAACCGGAGAAACAGCGGAAGCAGUUUCGCAUUACGCCGCCGCGCGACGGACAAGUCAAGAUGGAUUCACCGGAUCGCGAGAUUUACCGCGAUCCCGACGUGGUCAGAGCCGACGACAGGGUGGACGAGGUGGUGCACACGGACACCGCAAGGAAGAUGCUGUCUAUCUUCCGACAGAUGGAGGAGAACGCGUCCAAGGAAGAUUUGCCAGAUGGGCCGAAGCCCUUGAAACGCUUCACACCGCCUCCCGAGGACAAGUUUGCCAAGGCGACCGCCUCGGACUCGGAAGAGGACGAAGAAGAAGAGGGCGAAGAAUCCGAAGGUGACGACAGCGCUGAGGAGAAAGAUCCCAACUACGUGCGUGCUUCUGAUAAGGUGGAGGACGAGUUCCUGAAGCAGGCGCAGAACGCGGCGCGCGCCAAGACUCUGCGCGCCAAAUUCGAGCAUUGGGAGGAGACCGACGGCAAAGUCAGCAAUCACCAUAUUGCCGAGAUAGAGAUGGCCCAAGGCACAGGCGAGCAAUCCAGCAUAGAGUCCGCGAGCAGUCUGCGAGCUCGCUUCGAGUCUCUCGGCUCGCAGACCAACGAAUCCCCGCGCACGCCGAAGGUCAAAGUCAAUCGAUUUGUGCAGUAAAGGAGACCGAGGAUAUGCACCUGGAUUAAAUCGCAUGCGAGGAGGAGAAGCAGGAGGGAGAGGAAGUGAAGGAGGGGAGAAGGUGAAGGAGGAGGAAGAGGAGGAGAAUCGAUGGAGGAAGAAAGCGUCGUUGGGACAACCGCGGUGGAAAACCAGUUUUCUUUCUUUUUCUUCACCCUCUUUCGUUUUCGUCAGUCUCGCGCGUUACGCAACGGCAAUAACGUUCGGCCGUUCGUGGAUCGUUCAGCGGCGAUCUUACCGAUUUUAUUAGGAUUGGUUUUUUUUUUAACCUUACGUUCGUAGAGCAAAUCUCGUUUUAGAGCCACAUAUAUAGGAUGUAUCAUACGUCAUGCGUUAAAUAAUGUAUUACCGUAUCACGUGAUGGAUCUGUCGAGCGUUUUGUCCGGCUACCGAUCGGAAAGCAAGAGACACGUCGCGAUGAGAGAAGACAACUCGAGACAGUGCGUUAACGUGACGGAAACGAUAGCACGCGCUAUGGAGAGAGAAGUCAGCGAAUGAGAAUCACUCAUUGCUCCAGUACGAGACUCUAAGGAAGAGCACGCGAAAUAUUCAGCGUGUAUAUUUACUCGCAAUCCCGAUCGAGGCGUUCCCUGUCAAUCCCGAUAUUUUCAUAAGUCUCCAGGAGAGAGACAGGAGAGAUUUUCGCUUUAUCAGUAAAAAAAAGCCGCGCCCAAGUGCUUCUUUCCACUUGCAGAAACGCUCGACUUAUCCUUACACAUAUAUCAGAGAGCGAGCGAGAGACAGAGAGAGAGAGAGAGAGAGAGAGAGAGAGAGAGAGAGAGAGAGAAGUGUAUUGUUCUACUAAUUUACUUAAUGUAAAAAACACGAGCGUCCAUCCGCGUUGCGCGUCGUACGAUGCCCUCGCUGGCUUGAUCGUUACCGCAAGGAUUCCUCCUUCGGGGUAAUCAUGCACGACGACGUGAGGCCUGUAAAACGCGCGGAUGGAGCCGCUCCUGAUCGAUGAGACUCGUAACGGUGCGCACUCGAUCUUCCAUCGCUCGACGUCGACUAAUCGAAAGAAACGUUCCUCGUGAUUAAACGAAACUCUGUAUGUAAUCGCGUAUACAUAGCAAUUAUUUUUGUAUUCAGAUCCCUCGAUCGAAAGAGAGAGAAAAUGCGGCUGUAACGUUUCUACGAGGUGCCAAAUUUUACGCGAUCUUUCUCUAGCUGUGUGUUCAUUUUUACUGAAAAAAAAAAAAAAGACAAAAGAAACAAACGUUCGCAUCGUUACGAUCUUCAUCCGCGUGUACCGCUUUAGGUUUCUGAUUUUCAAGUGUUAAGUGCCAAGUUUUUCGUCGAGAGAUAAAUGAGAAAUUGGAGAAAGAGAGAGAGAGAGAGAGAGAGAGAGAGAGAGAGAGAGAGAGAGAGAGAGAGAGAGAGGGAGAGAGAAAGAGACAACGAGUGAGAGAGUACGAGGGCGAGAGAGAAAGCAAAUGCGUGAGAGAGCCAAGUGAAUGAGAGGAGUGAGAGACGGAUGACGCUUCCCCAGAUCGACUUUACGUGCGAGACAAGGGCCUGAACGAGGAAUUAUCGUCUGGUAGAGGAAAUCACCGGGCACUAGGUGCUGCCCACAGUGAGACACCCACUAGCGCAUAGGGACCGUAGCUAUUUCGAUCGCUUUUACAAAUUUCGAAUCUUUUUACAGCUUAUAAACGCGGUAGCUCUAUCACGUAGAUUUUUAUACCCGUCUGUCCGUUGACGACGGAGACCGGUUUCUUUCGCGACGCGAAAAGAACUGAUCGAAUUUUCCCCAUGGAGACCUCGAUACUCCCGUCGCGCCCGCUCUCGCGCGAUCCGGUCGAUCUAAUUGUGCUCGAGAAAAAUGAUUAUACUUUACACAAUGACUACACAUCCACACUCUCUUAAAGUAAAUCAGUGAAACAUUAUCGAGAGCAAUGAAUAUACACUGAUCUGCAGCUAUAAGUAUAGCACGGAAGCUGCUCAAUGUUAUACUUAUAAUUGAUAUCAGUGAUUACUCACAGAUUCACUUUAAGAUAGUACACACACACACACAUAUAUAUAUAUAUACACUCGUUCAACAUGUGGAACUGUGACGAUUUCGUACUUUACGAAGUGCACGUUUAACAAUCUUACUCGCACUAGAUGUCUAAAUACGAUGUAUUAUCUCUCCGAACGAAGGAAGAUACACACAUACCCAUUAAGGUGUUCUUUUCUCGUUUCGCGUCGUAUGCCGUGACUUUUCCUAACCGCCGGAUCGCGCGGGAGAUCGAACCCGUCGCGAUUUUUCGAGACGAGAUUUUCGCUGUCGGCGCUAUCGCGUACGAACGGUAUCGUUGUACACGGAUGUGUAAGGCCGGGGGUACGCAAAUAAACGUCAGCAGAUAAGGGCUCAAACAGACGAGCCACUUUUUCGCGCCACAGAUCUAUGCAGAAGGGCUUCAACUGUGGCGCCUUCAACUGUUACCAAGUAACUUCUCUCAGAAGCGCCUCUGCAUGGCGCCACAAGGCCCUUAAUGGCACGUCUAUGCGCGACUAAGGGCCGAUUUUUCCAACCACUUUAUAAGCUAAUUAAGUUAUUGAAUACUUGGUGAGCCAACAGUUGAAUCAUACAUCUGUCUUUGUUUAAUUUUAAGAAAAAGCAAAAAUAAGCACAUGAUUUAAUUGUUAGUUGGCGCACCAAGGGGUUGGGAAAGUCUGCUCUAAGUCGUGCUUCUCUGUGGUGCCAUAAAAUGACUUGACCGUCUGUUUAAGCCCUGAAAACUUAAGCAGUAAGCAAACUGACCGAGCACAAUCGAUGAUUCUUCUCACGUCUCAAAGAUAGUCGAUGGCGAUCUGUCAAUUUUCCUACUGCUCAAGUCUUACUGCUUACGUUUUCCUGCGCGUACUGUCCGUUCAAUAACGCCAAUAUCGCGAUAUACUUUGUAUACUUCAGUGGGAAGAGAGCGCGCGAAGGUGCGCGUGCGACUUCAGGAUGAGACGAUCGAGGAAGUCUCGCGGAGGAUCUUUUUAGAGGCGUUGAUCGAAUUUUUUAGACUUAUAUAUACCGACGGACACUAGUGGAGAAGGAGGGAGAGAUCGAGAAUUAUGUAUAUUGUCGACCGCGCGCGCUAGAAGUACUCUUUCCUUUCCUUUCUUUUUUUUCUUUCCUCCUCUUUUACCGUUCGUGCAAUAAUUAAUAACGUAUGACUCUCGGCGCGAGCGCGCGCCGAGUCGCGGCAAGACACGUCUCGAGUGAGAGACUCACGUUUCAUCGAAGAAGAAAAGCUAAGCCUAAGCUAGUCUCGAUAAUAUGCGCACAGAAUCCGCUCUGUUAAUCGGGUGAUGACGGACCGAUGGAGAGACAAUCUCGCGUGACAAUUUACAAGUCCUUGUUACGGCCUCUCGAAGUCUUCUGAUUUGUAUAGCAUAUAGCUAGCGAUAAUAUCUCUCACUAGUUUAUCUGAGAUUUUACUGCGUCUUUUAACGUAUCAUUUUUAUCGAUGUAUAACGAUCUUGUUCUGUUCAUCUCUUUCACGUGUAACAUUUAUUACGAUAAUAUACAGAAAUGGUCAAUAAAAGAGAUGCUAAAUCUGUC